AGCAGCAUCCUGUCAAAGUCCACCAAAACGAAAGACUAAAAAUAUAUCUUCUUUUCUGUUUUAAGUGUUGUCAGUGCAUACUCAUAUUGUAAUUUUUAGCAUUCGUAUUAUGGACACGUUUUCGUAAGCAUUGAGGUCAACUUACAUGAAUAAAGAAUCCCAAAUAAAAGAGUAAAUAAUGGAUGACAUCCUGGUUGAAGUUGUAAGCCGUCUACCUGACCAUGACGGGAAGCAGUUCUCCAUAGCAACGACCGAACGCAACACUGUGGCUGGGCUGAUCAGAAAGGUGUGUAAGGAACAUGGGAUUCCAAUGAAGACGAGUUACACUCUUCGGGACAAACGGGAACGAGUGUUGCAGUGGUCACAAACGCUACUGAAUCUUGGCAUAAGGCAUGGUGAUGUUGUUUACCUUAACAGUGAAGAGGAGGACUUGGUCCACCACAACCCGUGUAGCUGGAACAGUUGGUGGUUUGUAGCCGCAGUCUCUCUUCUUAUUGGCGGUGUUGGCAUCACGGCAAUUACCAUCAUGUUCACAAGAAAUGGAGAGACACCAUACCAGUAUGGUGUGGUGCUAGAUGCAGGAUCAUCCCACACACAACUGUUUGUAUAUCGAUGGGAGGGAGGAAAGCUAGAAAAUACAGCACAAGCCAGACAGAUUUUUGACAAACCAGUACAAGGUUCAGGUUUAACAUCCUACGAAAACAACAUUUCUGCCCUUGCUGGACCCCUGUCUGAUUGCCUGCAGGAAGCUAAGGGUCAUGUGCCAUACACUGCUCAUAAAACCACGCCCAUAUUUCUCGGAGCAACUGCGGGCAUGAGAAUGCUGAAUGAAGUUGACAGCUCAAAAAGUAAUGCUAUCCUUAACCAAGUGCGGUUAACAUUCGAGGUCAACUCUACGUUCUUCUUUCCCAAUGAUACGGCACAGGCUCGUAUUAUAUCGGGACAGGAAGAGGGGACAUUUGGCUGGGUCACUGCUAACUAUGUGUCGGGGAAACUGGGUGCGGGCCUGGCAAGCAAUGAGCUGAGCGACCCACUGUAUGAAGAGCUAACAGUCGGCGCCCUGGACAUGGGCGGGGCUUCCACUCAGAUAACGUUCUACACGCCCGACCACGCCCAAAUACCGCAGAGCUAUCGGGAGGACCUGGAUCUGUAUGGGAGAAAUUAUACGGUGUAUACACACAGCUACCUUUGUUAUGGAAUCAAUGAAGCAAUCAGGCAGUAUCAGGCUAUAUUAGUUAAGACUGAGGGGUACAAUACCACCAACAUCACAAACCCCUGUGGUCCAGAUGGCUAUACCAUAGUGUUGAGCCAUGCAGAUAUAUUUGAAGCCCCCUGUGCCAAUAAGUUCUCUCAGCUUGAUUUACUUCCUCAACCAGGGGAGGCUGUGGCAGACAACUAUACUCUGGUUGGUAAGUGGAAUGAGACGGAAUGUUCCAACACUGUGAGAAAGCUGUUCAACUUUGAUGCAAACUGCACCUAUCCACCCUGUACGUUUAAUGGAACGUACCAACCUAAAGUACACGGGGAAUUCUAUGCAUUCUCAAGUUUCUACUACGAGAUGGAUUUCUUGAACUUGACCAGAAAGUCUGACUCUCCAACAUUGACGGAGUUUGAAGACAAGCUAUCAUCAGUGUGUGCUUUGUUAUGGGAUGAAGUAAAGGUCCUCCCUACCGGCAACCCUUCCUCACUUGGCUGGUACUGUUUCGAGGGCCAUUAUAUACACACCCUCCUUAUAGACGCAUACAAGUUCAACAAUAAAACUUGGAAUAAUAUACAUUUUGUUAAAAAGAUAAACAAUACGGAUGUUGGUUGGACACUAGGUUAUAUGAUAAACUCCAGCAACACCAUACAACCACUGGGACCACAAACUUUCAUCUCUACAACAGCUUUCUCGUCUCUGACAGCACUUUUCUGUAUUUUUAUUCUCCUGUCUGUGGCGUUUGGCUGCUAUGCCAGACGAUAUCAAGAACAGCGAGCAAGAGGAUUUUAUGAACCUGUACCCGCAUAUGGGGCUGUGUGAUGUUUUGAAAGAUUUCCAUUCCAUAGUGGCUGCUACCCACAACGAAUAUAUAUAUAUUACAAACCUAUGCCAACAUAAUUGUGGCUUUAUUGCCAGAAGAUACCGAACGACACAUAUGGAAAUAUGAAAGGCUUUGAUAUCUUUUGGUAUUAAAGGGGCUAGACACCAGAUGAUUCAAAUGCACGAAAAAAAGAAAAUUGUCAAAAACAUACAUAUAUUAAAAUUGUUGUGUACAACACAUUGAAUCUUACUUACUGUAUCGCAUCACUUACGACACAUGCAUCUUUCAUAGUUUUUGUGCACUUUUUUAAAUUCAAAAUUUCAGAUAUGAUUUUAACUGGGAAACCAUUAUGCGCUAUUCUUAAAUGGGGAAACUGAAAUGUGACAGCAACAUAAUCGUUGCACUUAUUCUUUUAAUUAUGUAAUAUGAAGUAUUAACGCCUUCUACCAGCUUCCAUUGACAAUUAUAGUUUAGUUUCGAUGAAAUACUGUAUUUGCUGAUUUUUUGGACCACCUGGUGUCUAUUCACUUUCACUCCACAACUUUUUGGACUGUAUGAUUGUUUGAUUCUCUUGACAUUAUCCUGUCAAUAGAUUGGGUGAUACGCCAAGGGAUAUCAGGAUUUCUUUUCACAGAUUUGUUGUAUUUCCACAUGAACUGUAUGUGCCUGCGUGUUUGUGCCUGUGUGUUUGUGCCUGUGUGUUUGUGCCUGCGUGUUUGUGCCUGCGUGUUUGUGCCUGCGUGUUUGUGUGAUGAUUGGAUGUGUAGUUUCUUGCCAAUGAUCUUGAUAACAUCAAAGCCCUGAAAAGUUUGAUUACUAGUAAACUAUGUGAUAUCAUAUUUGGCAGGUUGUAUUGUAUCAAACCUGGGAUCAGCUUUUUCAUGUAAUAAUUGUUUUUAAAUUCAGUUUGUAUUGAACAGGGUCAUCUUAAUUUACACAUAUUGUUUGAUGAAAUGGGUGCAAAAUAGUUUUGAGAUUGUGUGUAAAAAUUGAUGAUUUAUUUACUGUGAUCUGCAAUUUUAUGCUGUAUUUUUUGGUGCCGAGUAAUAUUUUGUUGAAUGUCUAUUUUUUUAGAAUGGUUGUAUUUUGCAGGAUAAGUGCUUAGUAAUAUUUUGUUGAAUGUCUAUUUUUUUAAAAUGGUUGUAUUUUGCGGGAUUAGUGCAUAUAAGAUGUUGCAAUGGGCUAUGUCCUCCUUUUUAAUUAUGCUAGAGGAAAUUUGUUCAUUCUGUUGCCAAUUUUUUUCGAGAUAAUAUUUUUGGUUUAAUCAUCUUCAAGUGAGAAUCUUUUAUAAAUAUAAUAAUUGAAGGUCUCUAUUGCAUUUUUUAAUUUACAAUUAUUAGUUUUCUUUGAUUUGAACAUAUUUUUUUUUCCCAAAGAACAAGCAUAUGCAAUAGUAUACAAAAUAAUCAAUAUAAUGAAUUGGGCUGGAAAAAGAUCAACAACUUAUAAGAGCCCCUUCCAACAAACUGAUUUUUUGAUAAUUUUAUUCAAAGAGAGUAAUGUUAAUUUUAUAUUUUUACAAACACCAAACAGCAACUACCAUAUGCUUCUUUAAUUAAACAGAAUUUUGCAAUUCUAAGCCUUAAGUAAUUAUAUUAAUAUAAGUUAAGUUUUGAUAGCUUCAUGUGAAAUAUGAUGUAGUUUUCAUGAUGUUUUAUCAUAGCAAUUUGUUCAGAUUUUGAUUGGAAGACAUUUUCAUUUGCUGACCCUUUUUGAAGCUGAACGAGUGCCUUUAAAUGUUAUCUAGUGUGAUAUUUUUGUGUUUAAUGCUGGGAACACUUGAUUAUUGAUAUGACCACACAUUAUGUGCUAUUAAUAUGCAGUUUAUUUUACUUAUCUAAGAACCUUUCAUUCUAGUUGGGAAAUACUCAUUCUGUUUUCACCGUUUGUUAGUAUAUAUAUAUAUUAUUUCUUUAUAUUUAUACAUAGCUAAUAAAAGAUUACUUCAUUCAA